AUGCUCACAGAUAGUGCUGCCGCGGUCCGGUCCAGAACCACGGUUCGAACCGGGCUUUUGGUCCGGUUCUCUGUGGUUUGGUCCAUGGUUCCCUCACCAGCCAGAACCGGACCGGAAAGCGGUUCUGGGUUCUGGACCUUCACUAGUGGUCCGGUUCUGGUUCGACUUUCCCGAACCUUCCCGAACCGUUCCUUGACCUUCGAAUUCCCUCGACUUCGACACCAACCAUGAAUAUCUACUUGUUCUAGUCUAUAUGCUUCCUGGAUAGUCAUGAUCCUCCACCGGUUCUCAACUCUAACAGAUCUCCUUGGAUAUUGUCGCUCUGUGGUGUUAGG